AUGGCGAUAGAAGUAAAUCCCUCUGAUGCGCUUUUUGAAGCAUUCAUAAAGACAGAUGUUACAUUCAGGACACAACUUGAUUCUUCUCGCAAACGCAAGGGAGCAAUUCAGAAAGAUUGGCAUCCUGGUUGUACUGCAAUAGCUGCUCUUAUCAUCAAAAACAAACUUAUUGUUGCUAAUGCUAGUGAUUGCAGAGCAAUCUUGUGUCGAUCUGGGAUCCCAUAUGCUCUAAGUAGGGAUCAAGUUGCAAGUUGUCUUGAGGAGCGGGAAUGUAUUAUCCGUGCAGGUAGCCUUGUCAAAUGGCAAGUGGAUACAUGGAGGGUGGGUGAAGCGGCUCUCCAGGUCACAAGGUCUAUCAACGAUGAUGAUCUGAAGCGAGCUGUAACUGCGAAACCUGAGAUAACUUCGACUACUCUUUCUAUCGAGGAUGAAUAUAUUGUAAUAGCGAGUGAUGGGCUUUGGGAUGUUGUUAGUGAGAAAGAUGUAGUGAACAUAAUCAGAGACACAGUGAAAGAAGCAGGAAUGUGUUCAAAGAGGUUAGCGACAGAAGCUGCGGAAAGAGGGAGAAAAGACAAUAUAACUGUUAUUGUUAUUUUCUUGCGUUCAGUUUCCACAGCCGAGAGAAUCUAUUAG